AUGGGAAAACAAGGUGAAAAUCACACCGAAGCUGAAACUUCUGCAAGGCGACAUCCAACCGACAGGGAGAAAAGCUCAGCUGAAGAAUUCCAGGUUUCGUCAGAGGGGUUGAUUCCUAUAGACCAAUUGAAGGAGUUCAUCAUGGGAACUAUCAAGAACAAAUUUGAUGAGGGUUCAAAAUCAUCGUCAACAUACACCAAGCCAUACACUCUAAGAGUAGACGACUUGAAGAUGCCAAUUGGUUACCAACCCCCGAAGUUUCAGCAAUUUGAUGGCAAGGGCAACCCAAAACAGCAUGUGGCACAUUUUGUUGAAACUUGCAACAAUGCUGGGACUUUUGGAGACUACCCCGUGAAACAAUUCGUCCGAUCAUUGAAGGGGAAUGCUUUUGAUUGGUAUACGGACCUAGAGCCGAACUCAAUUGACAGUUGGAGUCAAAUGGAGCAAGAAUUUUUGAAUCGCUUCUACAGCACCCGAAGAACAGUGAGCAUGAUCGAGCUCACAAACUCUCGCCAGUGGAAAGAAGAGGCCAUCAUUGACUACAUUAACCGUUGGAGGAAUUUAAGCCUGAAUUGCAAGGAUCGAUUGUCAGAGCCUUCAGCUAUCGAGAUGUGCAUUCAAGGAAUGCAAUGGGGACUCCGAUAUAUCCUGCAAGGGAUUCAACCUAAGACUUUCGAAGAGUUGGCCACUAGAGCGCAUGACAUGGAGUUGAGCAUUAUGGCUAGUGGAGUUGAGGGACCACCAGUUCAAGAGCCUCGACAGUCCAAAGAAAAACAAGACUUUCGGAAGGGGGGUAGAGUUUUCUCUAAGACCUCAAGCAAAGAAUCUUUGGCAGUGAAUGCAACCCCUAUCAAAUUUCAAGGAAAAGUGAACGGAAACAAUGAGGAAAAACAAGAUUUUUCCCAAGAAAGAAGAAGACUUACUCUAAAAGAAAUGCAAGCAAGGGAAUAUCCAUUCCUCGACAUCGAUGUGGCUGGAAUAUUUGACGAUUUGCUAGGUUUAAAACUUAUCGAAUUGCCUGAAAUGAAGCGCCCCGAAGAAGCUAACAAGACCGAUGACCCAAAAUACUGCAAGUAUCAUCGGUUGGUCGGGCACCCAAUCCAUGAUUGCUUCGUAUUCAAAGAUAAAGUUAUGCAGCUAGCUCGCCAAGGGAAGAUAUCACUUGAAGAGAUCAGCGCCACUACAAAUUUUAUCGUCACCACUUUUGAGUCCCUUGACAUGACGACAACAAACGUACACAGAGGAGAUGAUGAUUGUAUCAACAUCUCAUGCAACGCGAUAAUUGAAAAGGAGACCGCUGCUAGUGGAACGACUCCGUCUCCAAAUGAAGUUUGUACCGUGAUUGGUAAAUGCAUGUCAACAAUGACUUUCGCUGAUGAAGAUUUACUUCUUGGUUCCAAACCACACAAUAGGCCGUUGUUUGUUGCCGGCUACGCCCGUGAGCAGAAGGUGAAUAGGAUUUUAAUCGAUGGAGGUUCUGCAGUCAAUAUUUUGCCGUUGCAGACUUUAAAGGAAUUGGGAAUCUCCACGGAGGAGCUCAAAACUAGUCGCUUGAUGAUCCAAUGA